CGGGACUCGGAUUAUUUGCCUCGCCUGUCAGAUUUGGAGCAACUUGUUGCGCAGCUGCUAUUCGCAGCCCCCCCACCCUCUCCUCCUCCUCCUCCUCCUGGAACGGUACCGUUCCUCUUCCUCCGUUCCUGUGCGCGCGAGGACUCGGAGACUCAACGUGACGGGAGGAGACACGCACGCUCACGGUGUUUAUAACCUCCACGAGUCUUUAAUAUGAGCAGAGUUUCGGGGGAUGCGAGUCAUGAGCCGGACGGAGCGGAGCUCCAGCCUCUUCUACCUGACUCUGCUGCUGUGGACCAGGCGCACGAGCGGACUGGCGGACUUCUCCAACUACCUGUCCAGGAUCAUCACCAGCCACUCCGCCCACGCCUGUGACGGGCAGCCCCUGCGCCUCCACUGCCCGCGCCACUCCACCAUCUCCAUCCAGUCGGCGUUCUACGGGAGCGCAGAGGUUCGGCUGUGCAGGGCGGAGCAGGCCCCCGGCGCUGUGAACCGCAGCUGCUCGGCGUUUACGGCUCUACAGAAGCUGCUGUCAGAGUGUCAGAGCCACAGAGACUGUCAGCUGCCCGUCAAUCACCUGCUGUUUGGGAAGGACCCCUGCCCCGGGACCGCCAAGUACCUCCAUGUGCACUACAAGUGUAAACCCACUGAGCACAAAAGACACGUGGCGUGUGAGGGGGAGACCAUGGUCCUGCGCUGCAAGCCCCCCAGGGUGCUGAACAUAUACGCAGCUGUCUACGGGAGAAGUCUGGGUCAGACCGACACCUGCCCCUCGCGCUCCGCCAGACCACCCCCGUUCGAGUGUCUGAACCACGAGGCGGUGCACUCGGUGUCCGAGUCCUGCUACAGCAGGCACAAAUGUGCCGUUGCCGUCGGCAACCAGACCUUCAGGGACCCCUGCUUCCCAGGAACAAGGAAGUACCUCAGCGUGGUCUAUUCCUGCGUGCCACUGGCCUUACUGAGGGAGGCAGACCCGGAGAUAUUAAGCCCCGCCACAUCACCUACUGUGUAUACGGAAAAAGCUCCUCCGACAGGCGAGGGGCCGUUUUCAAAAGGGUCACGCAGGCCAGACCGCUCCGGAGCCAUGAUGAGCGACUCUCUCCUGACCUACGCCUACAUUAAAGAGCACCCAGAAAUGGCAGCACUGCUGUUCACCUGCAGUGUGUGUGUCGGUCUCCUCUUCACCCUGCUGGCCGUUUCCGUCCGGGUGACCUGCCGAGGGCGGCGGCCUCAGGAACGCCGACUCGCGCCCAGACCGGGAGGUCAGACCGCUCGCUGUCAGGAGGAGGAGGAGGAGGAGGAGGAGGAGGACGAGGACGAUGAUGAAGGAACUGAAAGCUCCCUGAUUUCUGCAGCAGACAGGAAAGCCAUAUUUGGAUGGGAGGAAGUGACUUACGUGAGCGAGGCGGCGGACCGGGCGGAGAGGAUUGAACGCAGAGAGAUGAUCAUACAGGAGAUCCGGAUGAACGCUUUUCUGAAUGGCGGCUCGUGUUAAACACAUCUCACACUGCUCUGCUCCUUUCGGAGGAGUAAACUCCGGUGAUAAAUAUUUUUAUACUGUAUAGAAGUUUGUUGCAUUCCUAUUAUUGCAAGACUCAGACGUUGAGAUGUUGGCAACUGUGACAAAAGGAGUGAAAUCGCACACAAAGCUGAGGCGGAUCUCAGUAUAUUCAUACACGAUCAAACAUUAGUGAUAUCAACCAAAGACGUUUGUCAGCAGAUGGGACUGGCAUGACAGCAUUACAAAUGCAUUUAAGAACAUGAAUUGUGUUGGACUAAAGCAGGUAAAUCAUCAGAGGUAGUUGAGAUUGGCAGCUAUCCGUGCCAGCAUAUGAUCCAGUUUCAAAGUUGAUCCUUCUUUUUUAAUGUUUCAUAUCUGAAUGUAAACAUGAUGAUCUCUCCACUUUGAGGUCACACAGUUCAUGUAAGGACUUUUUUUUUUUUUUUUGUAAAUGCAGUAUUAUUCAAUCCUCUUUGAGCAGUCUACAGUUCCUACACGGCUCGAACCCUUAGCGUGUGGAUUUCUCACGCUGAGCGUUCCAGCUCCCCCGUCUCUUCUGGAUUAACCUUCCUACCAUGUGUCAGCUUCCUGGCUCGCAGCAGCUCCGCCUGCAAGAGGUCUCAGCUGGAGACAAAGAGAGGAAAGGUGCAGCAUCCUUGUCCCUGCACUCCCAGAAGUCCAACACACUUUGUUUGAAACCGGGAUUUGUGCAUAAACAUCUUGUCUGUACAAACUAAAGCAAAGGUCAAAUUUAAUGGUUUUAUUUUUCACUUUGUUUUUACUCACACAGUUUGAA